CGGCGAAUGUGUUUGUUUCUUUGCUUACUACCGACCAACAACAACAACAGCAACAGCAGGAACAAUCACAAAAUAAUUUUGAUGAUUAUUCUGAAUCAUCUCGUGAUAUAAAUGAACUUGAUCAAGAAUUACAUUUAUCAACAGUUAUUGUAAAUAAUCCAUCAGAUUCUAGCACAAAAGCUAUUCUGACUAAAGAAGAUACACGUGAAACAUGGUCAAAUAAUUGCGAUUAUUUGAUAACAACACUCGGUGGACUUAUUGGACUUGGUAGUCUCUAUCGUUUUCCGUAUUUGGCAUUUGAGAAUGGUGGUGCUGCUUUUGUUAUACCGUAUGUACUUAUUUGUGUCUUAUGCGGUAUACCUUUACUUAUGAUGGAAACAGCACUUGGUCAAUUUUCACGUAAAGGUCCAGUUGGUUGUUGGGAUUUUGCACCAGCAAUGCGUGGUAUUGGUAUUGCUUCUGUUGUUGUAUCAUUUUUUGGUGCUCUUUAUUAUAUAAUGAUUAUGGUCUGGGGUGGUCUUUAUCUCUAUCAUUCGUUCAGUUCAAUUGGUUCACCAUUACCAUGGAGCGACGAUGUAGGAGAUAUUCCAUUCACAAAUAAUACAAAACGAAUAACUAACUCAGUUGAGCACUUUUGGAAUACAACAAUUUUAAAUAUAUCAGAAGAUUUUGGUGGUUUAUCAACAUUUCAUUGGCCAAGUGUAAUCGGUUUAUUGAUUAUGUGGACAGUUGUAUAUUUAUGUCUUUGGAAAGGUAUCAAAUUAACAAGUCGUGUUGCAGUAUUCACAACUAUAUUUCCUUAUUUACCAAUGUUAGCAUUAUUUAUUCGAGGAAUGACACUUGAUGGUGCUUGGAGUGGUUUAAGAUAUUAUUUAAUACCUGACCCACAACGAUUAUUAAAUAAAAAGGCUUGGAUACAAGCUGCCGGACAUGUUCUUUGGGCAUAUGGUAUUGGUUGGGGUACUAUUCCAGCAUUGUCAAGUUACAAUCGUCCCGAUUAUAAUUUUUAUAAUGAUAUUGUUAU